CAUGGCGCCAGUGCCCCAGGAAGAACUCCCCAUACUCGAGGCUCUUAUCAGCAUCCGGAACAGGCUCCAGGCCCUGAAGAAAAACCGUGGCGAGUUCAUCAAGGCCUCCGAUGUAAACCAGCUCUACCAGGCCGUUGUUAAACAAGUCACGAAGCUUAACGACGUCCGAGACGAUAACAACGUCUAUAAUAACAGGCUCGAUACCACCCUCGCCGAUGUCUUCAGCCUGCUCUCCCUCUUCUACCUUACCAUUGGCAAAACGAGGGACGCACCAGCCACGUACUGUCAGAUCGCUUCUAUGAGGCAAAUUCUUGGCCACAUGAAUGAAUCAGCAGUCUAUAACGAAACGGACCUGGCACCCUUUCACAAACGUUUGACCGACCUCCGUCAAAUCAUACAACACGACGCCGAGAACGGAAAGCAUCCCAAGGCCAUCACGAAGCUGCUUGAGCGACAGUUAACCGAAUGUGACUCGAUUGUGCAACAGCUACAGGAGUCGCUGUCCGAACUGUCACCCGAGCUCUUACCCGUCCACCAGAAGCUUGUAACAAUCCGGCGGCAACUCGUCGCACUUGCGGCAAAGGAGGGUUCUCAAAAAGCUGAACUGAAGCCGCUUAUGGAGGAGCUACGCAGAAUUGAUUGAACGCGGAAGGACGGUAAAUUUGUUGCUGGAGGAAUCGUACCCGCCUCGCAAGCAGCAUGCUCGUCCCUUCUCGAGGAAUGCUUUGAAAUCGCCCAGGAAAUCAAGGCACACGAGGAUUCGAAGAACGUCGCGUCGUCGCUCAAGCCCAUCUACGACCGUCUGAGCGAAAUACGGGGCGAGCUCGAGAGCCUGGUGAUGACGCACCGCUGGAGCCUGCGCGAGACCGAUCUGUGGAACUACUCGCUCAGCUUACAGGAGAUCGACAAAAUGAGGGUCGAUGGCAACUUCUUAGACACCGAGGGCAAUCGACCGUCAGGACAAUAGGUGCUACUCUAUCUCCUUCGGCGGUGUUAUGGGUUGAUAUAUCGUCUUUUGUCAUCGAGCGAGCCAGUGUCGGAGGAGCUUAUGCCUAUGGCGAACAAGCUUACUACCGUGAAGAAAUGCUUGAAUGAAGUCCUGAAGUAUGGUGGCCCAUUUAAUCCCCGUGAGCUCUAUCCGUACCAACUCGCACUAUUCCAAAUCGACUCUAUGCGCAAAGAUGGCCGAUUUAUCGGUGCCGAUGGGACCAUCCCCGAGGGCCAGGGUAUCAUCAACGCUAACUUGAGUGAAUGUCACGAGCUGGUCUCAAUGUUGAAAGAGGCCAUGGACGAAGGGGAGACUGAAGAGGACGAGGACGAGUUUGACGAUUCUUCCGAUUUUGACUG